GACGAUAAUAAUGCAUUGAUCGGUGCAAAAGAUGAUAAUAAUGUAUUGGUCGGUACAAAGGGUAAUAAUAAUGCAUUGGUUAGUACAAAGGAUGAUAAUAAUACAUUUGCUAAUACAAGAGAUGAUGAUUCAUCGGCUGGUAUAAAAGACGAUAAUUUAUUAGCUAAAGGUGAUUCAGAAACAGGCUUUUUAGAUGAUUGGGACGUUGAAAUAAAUAGUUUAAAUUUGAUGGAAACAUCACGUCAAGAAUUAGAAGAAAGUGUAGAUAAUGAUAUUCAAAACAAUAACAAUU